CAGAAAUGAUCCAGCCCAAGAUGUCAAUAGUGCUGAGGCUGUGAAACCGAUAUGGAAAUAAUAAUAAUAAUUAAAAAAUCAGGUAUUUCUUGGUGCCGCCCCGGCAAAGUCCUCGUAGAGUGGAGCUGCUGCCAGAGAUGCCUGACGGUGUCUUCUGAGGAGCGGCCAGCGGCGCGAUGGAGCGGGCCAGGGACCGUUUACGCCUGAGACGGACCACAGAACAGCACGUACCAGAGGUAGAAGACCAAGUCAAACGGAGGAGAACAGCCUCACUGAGCAACCAGGAGUGUCACCUGUAUCCAAGGCGAUCUCCGCAGCAGCAGCAAGUCCCUGUGGUGGAUUUCCAGGCAGAACUGAGACAGGCAUUCUUAGCUGAGGCACCAAGAGGUGGUUAA